AUGGAUCACGUGGUAGAUGACUAUGAGAUUGCAGAAGUAGAUGAUGAUUUCUAUUUCCGUGGUAGAUUUAUGGCUGAUUCGGAGUCAGAUGAUGACGAUGACGACGACGACGAUGAAUAUGAUCAUUUGGAUAAUAAGAUAACGGAUACAUCUGCUGCAGAUGCUCGGAGGGGAAAGGAUAUUCAGGGAAUUCCUUGGGAAAGACUGAGCAUUUCCCGAGAGAAGUACAGACAAACUAGGUUAGAGCAGUACAAGAACUAUGAAAACGUACCUCAAUCAGGAGAAAGUUCAGAGAAGGAAUGCACACCUACUAAGAAAGGGGGAAUGUAUUAUGAGUUCUGGCGCAAUACCAGAUCGGUGAAAUCAACAAUCCUUCAUUUCCAAUUGCGAAACUUGGUUUGGUCAACAUCAAAGCACGAUGUCUACCUCAUGUCACAUUUCUCUAUUGUUCACUGGUCAUCAUUAAGUUGCAAAAAGAAUGAAGUCCUUAAUGUUUCUGGGCAUGUGGCACCAUGCGAGAAACACCCUGGCAGCCUGUUAGAAGGAUUCACACAAACUCAAGUUAGUACACUGGCGGUAAAGGAUAGGUUGUUGAUUGCUGGAGGUUUCCAGGGAGAACUCAUUUGCAAGUAUUUAGAUCGACCAGGUAUAAGCUUCUGCUCCAGAACGACGUAUGAUGAUAAUGCCAUCACAAAUGCUAUUGAGAUUUAUGAAUGUCCCAGUGGUGCAGUUCAUUUCAUGGCUUCAAAUAAUGACAGUGGAGUGAGAGACUUUGAUAUGGAGAGAUUUCAACAAUCUAAGCAUUUCUGCUUUGAUUGGCCUGUGAAUGUAAGUAUUCCUUCUGCGAAUCAUCUUAGAUCUGGGAAGUUCCCCUUUUGCUUUGAAAGUACAUUGUUGACGGAUGAAGGUUUUUUGGAGCUGAAUAAGGGCUGGUGGAAGGCUUGUGAAGCUUGGGGAACUGAUGGUUCCAUUGGAUCUUGUGAACCUAGACAAAAUGCAAAGGAAGUUCAGAGUAUUUUUCAAAAAGAAAUUGUAGCGGUUUUGAUGGAAGAGAUUAAUUGGAGACAAAGCUGGAGUGUUGUUGUUGAAAGAAGGGGAAAGCAUGCCUCACUGAAUCCUGAUGGUAAGCUUCUUGUCAUUGUCGGUGACAACCCUGACGGGUUACUGGUGGAUUCUCAAACGGGAAAGCCCAUUAUGUCUUUACGUGGGCACAUGGAUUUCUCAUUUGCAUCUGCUUGGCAUCCUGACGGCCGCAUUUUUGCCACGGGGAACCAAGACAAAACCUGUCGUAUUUGGGAUGUUCGAAACUUGUCGAAGUCUGUUGGUGUGCUGAAGGGCAAUCUAGGAGCCAUUAGAUCAAUUCGUUUUACAUCUGAUGGGCAGUUCAUGGCAAUGGCAGAGCCGGCAGACUUUGUGCAUGUCUACGAUGCAAAGAAUGGGUUUGAGAAAGAGCAGGAAAUAGACUUUUUUGGGGAGAUCUCUGGUGUGUCUUUUAGCCCUGAUACAGAGUCCCUCUUCAUCGGAGUGUGGGAUCGCACCUAUGGAAGCCUUCUUCAGUAUAACCGAUGCCGUAGUUACUCAUAUCUUGAUUCCCUAAUGUGA